CAACCAAAGGCCCACGUUCUUCUCUCCUCGCUCUAUCUGCCAAAAAACGAUCUCCUACCUCGAGUCGAGCCUCAUUUUCGCAUUUUCUUUCAGACUCUCAACAGUGUCAAAUAAAAUCCCUCUGCUUCUUACUUCUUGGAAUCAAUAUUAAGAUGUCGAUAAAAACUGUUAAAGUUAGCAAUGUGUCCUUAGGAGCUUCUGACCGAGACAUCAGGGAGUUCUUUUCUUUUUCUGGUGAUAUUGACUAUGUUGAAAUGCGCAGUGAUAAUGAGCGGUCUCAAAUUGCUUAUGUUACCUUCAAGGAUUCACAAGGAGCUGAGACUGCAGUUCUUCUUUCGGGAGCAACAAUAGUUGAUCUGUCUGUCACCAUAACUUUGGAUACAGAGUACAAGCUACCACCUGCUGCUUCUGCUACACCCCCUGAAACACAAAAUAAAACACCGGGCGGUGCUGAAUCUGCUUUUAGAAAGGCAGAGGAUGUAGUUAGCAGUAUGCUUGCUAAGGGUUUUAUCUUAGGAAAAGAUGCUGUCGGCAAAGCAAAGGGCUUUGAUGAGAAGCACCAGUUAACUUCAACGGCCACGGCCAAAGUCACUUCUCUUGACCAAAAGAUUGGGUUCAGUGAGAAAAUAAGUGUUGGAGCAUCUGUGGUUGGUGACAAAGUACGAGAAGUGGAUCAGAAAUUUCUGGUUUCAGAGAAAACCAAAACAGCAUUUGCAGCUGCAGAGCAGACGGUCAGUAGUGCUGGAUCUGCAAUAAUGAAGAACCGAUAUGUAUUGACCGGGGCUUCAUGGGUGACAGGGGCUUUUAGCAAGGUUGCAAAGGCAGCUGAAGAAGUUGGCCAGAAAACAAAAGAGAAAGUGGGAAUUGUUGAAGAGGAACAGAAAAGAAAAAUGGUUGAUGACUAUGCUCAGGUUCAUCUUUCUGAGACUCCAAGGGCUUCUGAAGCUUCUAAGCCAUCACCUGCUCAAGGUUUAAUCCUUUGACUUGCUAUUUACUGUAAAUACAAAUUGUUUGAACUCUGGAAUCUUUCUGGAUUACUUGCUGUGUUUUAUAGCGUGAAAGUGGCGACUGUAGGACAAAUUUCCCCAAAUGGUUGGUCGUGAUUGCAUUUGGUUUGACUUUUCUUUAUGAGAAGAAAAUGUCAAAUUAAAUGUUCACGAUGCUUCAACCUGGGAUUGUAAUUCAUAUCUUUCUUUGGGUUUUGUUCUU